CACUUUCUCGUGGUGCCCCUCCCCGUCCUCCUCUCCAUCCUUUCAGCUACCUUUCCCCUCCCGACAGUGGCCGCCCCCCGGGACGCUGAGAUCCGGGAGUACGUGCAGACCUACUACGGGCAGGUGCUGAAGACGUCGGCAGACCUCCAGACCAAUGCCUGUGUCACCGCAGCUAGACCGGUCCCCAAGCACAUCCGGGAAGCCUUGCAAAAUGUACAUGAAGAAGUAGCCUUGAGGUAUUAUGGCUGUGGUCUGGUCAUCCCUGAGCAUCUAGAAAACUGCUGGAUUUUGGAUCUGGACAGUGGAAGUGGCAGAGAUUGCUGUGCGCUUAGUCAGCUGGUUGGUGAGAAGGGACACAUCACUGGAAUAGACAUGACCAAAGAUCAGGUAGAAGUGGCUAAAAAGUAUCUUGACUAUCACAUGGAAAAAUUUGGCUUCCAGGCACCCAAUGUGACUUUUAUUCAUGGCUGCAUUGAGAAACUGGGAGAGGCUGUAGUCAAAAAUGAGAGUUAUGAUGUUGUUAUAUCAAAUUGUGUUAUUAACCUUGUGCCUGAACACGUGCUGCAGGAGGUGUAUCAAGUGCUGAAGUGUGGUGGGGAGCUAUAUUUCAGUGACGUCUGUGCUAGCCUUGAAUUGCCAGAAGAAAUGAGGACACACAAAGUUUUGUGGGGUGAGUGCCUGGGUGGUGCUUUGUACUGGAAGGAUCUUGCUAUCCUUGCCCAAAAAAUUGGGUUCUGCCCUCCACGUUUGGUCACUGCUGAUCUCAUUACAGUACAAAACAAGGAACUAGAAAGAGUUAUAGGUGACUGUCGUUUUGUUUCUGCAACAUUUCGCCUCUUCAAAUGCCCUAAGACAGGACCAUCCAAAAGAUGCCAGGUUAUUUACAACUGAGGAAUCACAGGACACGAAAAGGUCCUAACAUUUGAUGCAAAUUUUACAUUUAAGGAAGGUGAAAUUGUUGAAGUGGGUGAAGAGACAGCAGCUAUCUUGAAGAAUUCACGAUUUGCUCAAGAUUUUCUGAUCAGACCAAUUGGGGAGAAGUUGCCUACAUCUGGAGGCUGUUCUGCUUCAGAAUCAAAGGAUAUAAUCACAGAUCCAUUUAAGCUUGCAGAAGAUUCUGACAAUAUGAAGUCCAGAUGUACCCCUGAUGUUGCUGGAGGCUGCUGUGGCACAAAGAAAUGCUGCUAAAGCUACAGCCAACUAAGGGACCACAGUAAUGGGCAAGAGGUGAAGGAAUGAUUUGCAUAUGUUUUUUAACCUGCUUUUCCCCACAAAAAAUAAUAAAUGGCAAAAAGUCACCAUAUUCUAGAUCACUGAUAAAAAUAAAUGAAUUAAUUUUAGGAAGUAUUAAUUAAAGGUUUACAGCAAAUCACUUAAAGACUAGUUAAGCAGGCCGGGCAUGGUGGCUCACACCUGUAAUCCUAGCACUCUGAGAAGCCGAG